CUUUCUGCAGCAGCCAUAUUGACUUCCGAAAUCGGCAAAAGUGUAAGACAGCAUUCUGUGUCUUUGACUUUGCUCAGAUGUUUUGUCUCAUUUUUAGGAGGCGGCAGGAGAAAUAAAAAUUUGACGGCAAGAUGGCGUUAAAGAAAGUUAAGGGACAUCUUGAGAGGGUCCUUGACAAAAACCUCCAGGACCUUGUACGAGGCAUCAGAAACCACAAAGAGAACGAGGCCAAGUACAUUUCUCAGUGUUUAGAUGAAAUCAAGCAAGAAUUGCGUCAAGACAACAUAGCAAUCAAAGCCAAUGCAGUCAACAAAUUGGCAUACCUACAAAUGAUUGGAUAUGACAUCAGCUGGGCUGCUUUUAAUGUCAUAGAAGUAAUGAGUUCAACCAAAUUUACAUUCAAGAGGGUGGGAUAUCUAGCAGCUUCCCAGAGUUUCAAUGAGGGCACCGAUGUUCUCAUGUUAACUACCAACAUGAUCAGGAAAGACUUGAGCUCCCAGCAGAUGUAUGAUGCUGGAGUGGCUCUCAGUGGACUGUCAUGUUUCAUGACUCCUGACUUGGCAAGGGACUUAGCUAAUGAUAUCAUGACCUUGUUGACUGCUACUAGGCCAUACAUAAGAAAAAAGGCAGUAUUGAUCACCUACAAAGUAUUCCUCAAAUUCCCAGAGGCUUUGAGGCCUGCAUUUCCUAGGUUGAAAGAAAAACUAGAAGACCCAGAUCCUGGUGUGCAAUCUGCGGCUGUAAAUGUGGUUUGUGAACUGGCCAGGAAGAACCCCAAGAACUAUUUGUCUCUAGCUCCAGUGUUCUUUAAGCUCAUGACAAGUUCAACAAAUAAUUGGAUGCUCAUCAAAAUUAUCAAAUUGUUUGGUGCUCUGACUCCAUUAGAACCAAGGUUAGGUAAGAAGCUGAUAGAGCCGUUGACCAAUCUAAUACACAGGUAAAUAGAGCUGAACAG